AUGUCAGAAACAUCGAAACUUAAGGUGUGGAGUCGUUUUCAAGUUGAGAAAAAUGGCAGUGUCAUUAAAUUCCGGAUUCAAGAUGCUCCCCCAGAUCGUAAAGAAGAUGUGGUUGAUUUUAUAAUGACACAUUCACUCAGAGAUGAAGCUUUCUACAAAGCCGCAGGUAUCGUAAAUAAUGACGAAGCCAAGACCGAAUUUAUGGAAAUGUCUAAAAUGUUUUUUGAUAAACAACCACAUCUCAUUAGUAUAUGCUGUAUUGAUGACGAUUCUGAUACUGUUGGUGAAAUAAUAGGCUUAUCUAUAGUGAUAGUGUCCAAAACUACUGAUAAUUUUGACGAUUUUGCCAAGCACUUACAAAUCAAGACGAAGGAAAUGAAGAAUCUUUUUGAUGCUGCUAAAGUAAUGUUCGAAUAUACAGGUUCGAAGAAUGAUUAUGUUCAAUGUCAUGAAGGUAGAGGAGUUGUUGUAAGACCAGAUUAUAGGCGAAUGGGGAUAGCUAAUGAAUUUAUUAGGUUAAGGAAAUCUUUAUGUAUUGAAGACAGUUUGCCAAUGACAUGUGCUUGGAUGACAUCUAUAGGUACACAGAAAGCGGCCGAAAAAUAUGGUUGGAAGACCUUUGCGGAGGUAUCAGUAGAUGAAUUGGAGCAAAAGACUGGACUUAUAUUCGAUACUAAUGUAUCAACUUUUAAGCUAAUGUAUACAACCAGUGAUUAA